CCACAGCAAGAGAAAGUCAGCAAUUUGCUAGGGACUUUCCAUUGGUUUACAUUUUGGCUGAAUGCAGUAUUUUUGUUUCCUUUUCGAAAAAAUUAUUUCGAGGCCACACAAAAAAAAUACAGCCUGAAACAGUGAAAAAUCGUAUAACAAAAAACAAUCUGUGAACGUUUAGUUGUGACGCGGCAGAAGCAGAUGGUAGUGAAAUUUGAGGCACACGCAAAAAUCAAUAAACGAGAAAUUUUGUAAACACGCCAAGCCCUCGACCAGCCUCUGCGCUACUCCACCUGAUCCCCCUCCACACAAGGUUCGCCUUUGAAAUGUUUUCCAAUAUGCCGCUGGCUGCGUUGCUGCUGCCGCUGCCACUGCUGCUCGUCGCAGUGGAAGCAACGGAGUAUGUGGUGAAUGGGCCACAGACCAGUCCGUUUGUGCAGCAUCAACUGGCCAAGCGGAUGGACCUAGAGGUGUGCAUAGGCCACUUUGAUGUCCACAAGAACACGAUAAUCCGCACCGGUGAGUCCCAGGCGAUCGGGGGCAAGUACUUGCAGGGCCUCGAGCUGGACACCAUUGAGGAGUGCGAGCGCCUGUGCUGCGAGACGGACGCCUGCGAUGUGUACAUCUUUGAGCGGAAAGCCGGUGGCUACUGCUACCUGUUCGAGUGUGGUCCGCCAGAGAAUUUCCACUGCAAGUUCACGCGGCACGCGAACUACACGAGUGCCGUGCUGACCCCCCAGCCCCAGGCCGUGCAAAGCGAAGUGGCCAGCACUCCACGAACUCAGUUGCCGCACAUUCCUAGCAACAAUAUCUCGCAGCAGGAGUGGGAGCUGAGCAACCUCAAGCUAAAGCCGGAAGUGCGGGACAAGCCAACGGUGUCCACAGCUUCAGCUGUUGCGGCGGCGGCUGCCUCUGUCCCAUCGGGUGUGGCUCAGCCAGCGGUUGCUCCGGUCCAAAGUGCUCCCAUCAGCAGUUGCGGUCGCUUCCAGUUCACUUGCCACUCGGGCGAAUGCAUUGCUGUCUACAACGCCUGUGACGGCAUACCCCAAUGCGAGGAUGGCAGCGAUGAGGGACCGGAAUGCAUUACCAUUUCGUCGCCGGUCACCAAGCCCCCAAGCAGCAACCCGGAUCUAAUCAAGCCCUUGGCCCCGCAGCAAUAUCUGCCAGCUACGCCCAUACAGCAGCAGUUGACGGUUUCAGCUCGGACAUUGCCCCAGCAGCAGCAGCAGCAGCAGCAGCAUGUUAUAGUUCUGGGCCCACCGCCUCCACCGCCGCCACCUCCACCAAUGGUUAACAAUCGCGAGGAUGCUGCCGCUUGGGCCAACCGCAAGAUAUUAGUCGAUGGGCAGCAGUCCCUGACCCAGCAACAACAGCAGCAAAUCCAUUUGGCACAAGCUCAGGGUGAAGUUUUGAAUAAUGAUGAGCAGAGCCACAUAUUCAGUCACAAAGGCGGCCUCCAAUUGCAGCAGGUGUCAAGUGGCCUGGGACAGGGAGUGGGACCGGGGCAGGUUCAGAUUCAGGGACACUCAGCACAGCUCCAAUUGCCCGGCUAUGACAAUAAUCAAGCUAUUGCGGCUGGCUCUGUGUAUGGGAUGUCGCUGCCACGCUCUGGAAUGUAUUUGUCGCCACCGCAGCAACAGCCACAGCAACUGCCAUCAUCCUCUGCCCAGCAGCAAAGUGCGGCAUGGCCACAAGUGCAGGCGCAGCAACCAGCUCCAAUGGCACCUCAAAAACAAAGCCAAGUAUACGGGUCAGCCCCACGUAUGCCCGUCCCACAGCAGGCUAUGCUGCCUGUCCUGAAUGCAGCGCCCACACAUGGCAAGAACCAGGGUGCCGGGGGAGCCGACGAGGACUAUGAUGAUUACGAGGAGGAAAAGUCUACAGAAGCUCCAAAGAAAAAGCAGCGCAAGCACAAAAAGGUCAAGUCGAAGACCGCCGCCAAGGACCCCAUAGAGUUAGCCCUCGAGCAGACACAACAGCAGCCGCAGCAGGAGGUAUCCGCUCUGCCCGUUCCUGUGGCACCUGUGCAUGAACAAUACAAAAUGAUUCACGAGAAUCUGGCUUUGGAAUUUCGCGAUCACGAUGGUCACUCGGAGCGUCCCGGCGGCGCUGUGCUGUCCCUAACGUUCGGCCUGCUCGUGACCGCCGCGCUGGCCAUUCUCAUUGGCUGCCGGAUGCGGACAGUGGGCCGAAGGGCUAGGCGUGUGGGCGGCAAGACCCCGUACUCGCAGGAAGCGGAUUUCCUGGUCAAUGGAAUGUACCUCUAAAACAGACCAGGGACCGAAGUGGGGAACCUGUCGGUACAUAUAAUUAUGACUAGUACUGUAAUGAGACACAUAUUUUAUAUAAACAAAUGUACGAUUAUAUCAAAUAAAAGUGAACUUAAAUUAAAAA